GUCUGAAAAGCCACAGUCCUCCGAAAGAGACCGAAUUGUGGAGAGCGCCAAGACCCCACGUAUCUCCCACGCGCUCCUGCUGGCUCCAAAGUUACUUAAGUUUCCUCCUACCCCAACUUCCGCACCUACGUGCCUCCGCCGAUCACAUGCAACCCUCCGCCCAGCAGAUAGGUUCCUACAACCUAUCCAGUGUCCUCAACCACGAACCGACACACCAACAGAACAGCUCCCCCCAGACCACUCCCCAGACCACUGCCGACGCUCCCAUGGCGACGGCUACCGUGAGCCUGAUGGCGCCGCUACUUCAGAACGCCCAGCAGGACGAGCAGCGGCCCUCUGGAGACCUCCCGCGCCCCUACAAGUGCCCUCUCUGCGAGAAGGCCUUCCACCGCCUGGAGCACCAGACUCGCCACAUCCGCACGCACACCGGAGAGAAACCCCACGCCUGUACUUUUCCUGGAUGCUCCAAGCGCUUCAGCCGCUCCGACGAACUCACCAGGCACUCGCGCAUCCACAACAACCCCAACUCGCGCAGAGGCAACAAGCAGCAUGCUGCCGCUGCCGCUGCCGUCGCCGCCGGCAUGAUCGAGCCCAACACCAUGGCUCACAUGAUGCCGCCGCCGCCAUCGAACAAGGUCAUCUCACGCUCCGCACCCAGUUCGAACAUUGGAUCUCCCAAUGUCUCUCCCCCGCACUCCUUUUCCAACUACUCGCCUAACGUGUCUUCGGACCUUGCCUCGUAUCGGAGCGGGAGCAACAGCAGCAGUCCCAACGGCCUGGCCCGCAACAUCGAUCUCCUCGCCGACGCUGCCUCGAGGUUGGAGCAAAGACAUGGGCACCAUUACUCUUACGCCAGUCGCCACGUCACCAGUCACGGCUAUCAUCCUUACCAGAACAACCAUCGGCUCCCGGGAUUGGCGCAGUAUGCGUACUCUUCUCAGCCCAUGUCGCGGUCGCAUUCACAUGAAGAUGACGACCCUUAUGCGCACCGAAUGACAAAGAAAUCGCGGCCUGGUUCUCCCCUCUCCACCGCACCUCCCUCACCCACAUUCUCGCAUGACUCAUGCUCACCUACACCGGAUCAUACCCCGCUUGCAACGCCCGCCCAUUCCCCGCGGUUACGACCGCACGGUUUCAACGAUGUGCAGCUCCCGCAUCUCCGCCAUUUGAGUCUCCACCAUGUGCCAGCACUCGCGCCGAUGGAGCCCUCCACCCACACCGAGGCACCCUAUGUCCCUGCUCAAAACUCGGGUGGUCUUCGCAUAGGCGACAUUAUUUCAAAACCGGAAGGUGCCCAGCGAAAACUACCUAUACCGCAAAUUCCGAAAGUAGCCGUGCAGGAUCUUCUCAACGCCCCAAGCGGACUUUCCUCCGGCAACUCGUCUACGACAGCGUCCGUGGCCGGCAACGACCUCUCGGACCGCUUCUAGUAUGCCACGCGGCACUGCACUGCACGGAGUUUUGGCAGCAUUGUUUGGGUUUCCUCCUUGAGCCUGCAAGCGUUUGGAUUAUGUUGGGGAUAGAAAGGUUUCGGAUUACGGUGCCGUAAUGCCCAAUGGCUACGAGCUCAUGAUUUUUGGUUGCAAAUUCUCCCAUAGACUUUCUUAUCGUCGGACCGAUCAUACCCGCGGACCUAUCUACCGCAGUUCUGUAUCACCACUUCUUGCGUUGCUACUUUUCUUUCAACCACCUGGGUAGCUGCUUAUUGGCAGCACACACAUACUAGCUCAGCGCGUAAUAAGAAUCUCCGCCUAAAAUUUACCCUUACUUUACCA